GCUUAACCAGUAUUUAAGCUGCAGGAACUGCGCUUUAGUCGUUCAAUAGUUCGUGCUUCCAUUCUCCAGGUGACCCUCGGUCCGUCGUCGUGCUUUACCAUCUUAGCUGAAACUCAUCUUCUUCCUUGAAGCAAUUGAGCGCACGACUUAAAACCGAACACUGAUUGCCUUAGCAACUGGCCGGUCUUUCUUGGCCGCACGUCUGAGAUAUACUGGAUAGCGGCGGCUUUGGCUCAUACUUACAGGAGCUGGAAUUACCACAGAAUAAGCCAUUACUGGUCGUGCCCACGCACCGGUUAUGCAACUCAACUGCUUGCGUUUCGCUCACGGAAUGUCAUUAGCGAGCUAGUACGGACUGGCGUGCCUGCCCUACCCCACCAAGAGCCCAGUCGCAUGGACUAAGAAGGUCAUUGCAAUUGCUCGGGUCGGCAACGUCCUGCCGUUGUGAGGUGGAAUGUUGCCCAUCCAACAUCCUGCCCAUCAAUUCCUUCAGACUACCAAGCCCAGCAGCACUCCUCACCGUUUAGGAACUGCCCACGGCAUGUUUGCGACCUCUGGGUUGUCCAAUUCGGGGGCAGACGCGACCCCGCGUUGCCGUUGCAGCUGCAAAGCCAGCUUCACACCCUUUUCCAGCCGUACUGCUCCACGUGCCAACCCCUCCGAUGUGGGCCGCAGCCAGCGCGGCUGGGUACUAGCAAACCCGCCCCGGCCCCAUCAAAUCUAUUCUCCCACAGUCGCUGGAGCCACAGCAACCACAGCAGCAGCCGUACCAACAGCAGCACCCACCGCUGCCGCCUCCUCAUCCGCCUCCCCCGCAGGGCCAGCAGUGAGCAGCAGCCCUCGACGGCCGCCGCCCGCCCUGCUGGCCCCCUCAAGGGUCCAACCGUCACAUCCCCACCCCACCCCUACACGGCAUCCUCCAGACCAGCCUGAUGUGGAUUCGGACCUCGAGUCCCUUCUUCUGGGCCCCCUCAUGCCCCCGGGGCCCCUCAACCGGCCUGGUUCCGGAGGAGCAGGAGGUCCAGGUGGCCUCAGCGGCGCCCUGCCAUACUCGGCCUCUGCCGCCUCCGCAGGGUUGCAUGCCAGCGCCCCCAGCAGCGGCAGACCUGCGGUGUUGAGCAUUGGGCCGCCCACUCGCCGGCCUAGCGGUGCUGCUGCUACUGUGGUCCCUACUGCCACGCUUCCUGUUGUGGGUGCUGCAGCUGCUGGUGGUGCCGGUGCCGGCAGCAGCAGGGUGACGGGGGCGGCCAGUGGUGGUCUGGUCCGGACCCCGCAGCCAGGCCCCUCCUACACUCUGCUGCCGGGCAGCGGCGCUGCUGGCGGCGGCACCGGGGCGAGCGGCGGAGUGGCGAUGGCACCCCGACCGGUGCCGGGCUUUCCUACCGCCAGCAGCAGCCCCGGCAGCCCCGGCAACACCCCCACCGCCGCCGCCACAGGGGGACCCCAGCCGCUGCGAGCACAGCGACCCAAGGGAAGGCUAUGGCGCAAAUCGUCACCCACAACACCCAACGCGCCUGCCGUACCCAAGUUCAGUAACCAGGACCCCUACGUGACGGCGGCGUUCGGCGGGUUGGCCGUGAAGGUGAAGGGCCGCGAGCCGCCGCCUCGAAUGAAGUCGUUCGCCGAGCUGCGCGUGCGGUUCUGGAUGCCGCCGCUGCUGCUGCGAAAUGCGGCGGCGGCGUUCCCCAUGAGCCGGCCCACACCCGUGCAGGCGCAUGCCAUCCCCGCUAUCGUGAAAGGUCGCGACGUGCUGGCGGUGUCCUGCACCGGCAGCGGCAAGACGCUGGCCUACCUGCUGCCGCUGGCCGCGCAGCUGAUGUCGCGGUGCAUGCAGCGGGGCACCAAGAACUGCGGAGCACCGGAGGCGCUGGUGGUGGUGCCCACACGCGAGCUGGCGGAGCAGAUCUACUCGGACGCUCGGCUGCUGCUGCGCGGCUCGCAUGUCAAGGUGUCGCUGGUGCGGGGGGGCGCAUCCGUGGCGGAGCAGAUGCUGGCCAUGCGGGGCAGACGCGCUGCCGCGGGUGGAGUGGACCUGCUGGUGGCCACCCCGGGUCGGCUGCUGGCGCUGGUGGAGGGCCGGCGGGUGCGGCUGCGGCGGCUGGGCUGCCUGGUGCUGGACGAGGCGGACAGCAUGCUGGAGCUGGGGCUGUGGCCGGAUGUGAAGAGGCUGCUCUUCCACCGCGACAUGCCCACCGCGCGUCAGACGGUGCUGGUGGCGGCCUCGCUGCGGGGGGGCAGCGGGGUGGGCAUUGGCGCGGGCAGCAGCAGUAGCGCUGGCAGCAGCAGCAGCAGCAGGAGCAAGAGCAGUACCCGUAGCAGCAGCAGCGCUGGCAGCAGCAGCGGUUACGAUGUGGGUGCGGCGGCGGCCCAGCUGCUUCGGGACCCGGUGGAGGUGGAGGUGGGGGACGGCAGCGGGGCCAGCGCGGCGGUACGGCAGCAAGUGGAGCUGCUGUCCGAGGCGGACAAGCUCACCCGCCUAGCGGAGCUGCUUGCGCCCGGCAGGCUGGCGGGGGUGGCAGCAGCCCGCCCCUCCAGCGACCCCGCACCCCCCCGGGGCUACUCCGCACCCUUCCCCCGAGGCCCACCUCCACCCCCACCACCGCCAUCAUCACCAGCUGCUGCUGCCGGUGCACCAGCCUUCGGAGGAAGAGCAACAGCGGAGGCAGCAGCAGCAACACCUGCAACCGCACCUCCGCCCCCCUCCUCCCUGGGCGCCGGCCCCGCCAUCGUCUUCGCGCGCAGCCUGGCUCGUGCAGAGGAGGUGGCUCGGCAGCUGGCAGCUCGCGGGGUGAGUGUGGCGGUGCUGCACAGCGACAUGGGGCAGGCGGCGCGCGAGGAGGCGCUGCAGUGCUUCCGGUUCGGAGUGACGGGGGUGCUGGUGGCGACUGCGCUGGCGGCACGGGGUCUGAACUUCCCGGACGUGGCGCAUGUGGUGAACUAUGAUGUGCCGCCGUCGGACACCGCCUACGUGUACCAGGUGGGCCGCACCGGCCGCGGCGGCCGCCCCGGCCUGGCCACCACCUUUGUGACGCGGGCUGACGGCGCCGUCGCGCCCUGGCUGGCGGAGGCGCUGCGCCGCGCCGGCAGUGUCGUACCACCAUGGCUAGAGGAGCUGGCGGCGCGGGCGGCGGCGGCGGCGGAGAGGGCCCAUGCGGCUGUGGAGAGGGCACGAGCGUCGGCUGUAGCGGCGGCGGCAGGAUUCAAAGCGAAGGCGGAAGGAGAGGCAGGGACAGGUUUUGAAACUGGAGGAGCGAUGGCUGCGAAGGGGAAGGCAGGGAAGGGGAUCAGGGUCAGGGUGGGCGGCCGGGCGCCGGCCUUCAGGCUGCCGAGGGGAUCAGGGGGCACCUCGCGGAGUCCAGUGCGGCAGGUGGUGAAUGUGGCUGACCCCGCCGCCGCCGCCGUGGCUGGCUUCGGCACCUUCCGCAACCCCAACCUUCCGCCCCGAGCCGCUGCCGCCGCCGCCGGCCGCUCGCUGCGGCCAGCUGACGCCGCCGUCAAGCUAACGCCAGCCGCGGCGGCCGCGGCAAAGGUGGCGGAGAGGGAUGCUGUCAAGCAUCACACGGCUCCUGCGGCUGGCGGCAGCGCUUUCUCUGCCGCCGCCGCCUCCUCCGUUAAUCGUACGGCAACGCCGUCGCCGGCGCCGCCGUUGGUUCGCGACCGCCGCCACGACCCGGCCUACUGGCAGGCGGUGUUUGAGGAUGCGUUGCGGCCGCUGCUGCGUCAGGAGGCGCUGCGGAAUCAGCGGGCGAUGAAGCAGCCGCCCGGGUCACCGGAGCCAGCAGCAGGGGCAGGGACGGCGGCAGGGGCGGCGGCAGAGCGUGGGUUGUUGUCUGAGGUGGGGUCAGUGCGGUUGGCGGGGAGGCCGUCUGGAGGCCUGUCUGCGGGGGCGAGUGCAGGGAGGCGGGUGGGUGGGCGCGAGGCUAGGUAGGUAGGCAGGAGGGCAGGAGGGCAGCAGGUCACGUUCAGCGAGGCAGGGGGUGAGUGGUGCAGGGAUGGAAGGUCGGCAUAGGGAGCGGCGUGAGACAUGGUGGGCUUGCGCGGGCGUUUGUGUGUUCGCGUGUAGAGCUAGAUGCCUGGUUAGGUAUUGUCCUGCGCCUUGCGGCUUUGCUAGGAAGCGAGAGACAGUUUUGUGUGUUUUCUGCGCGCAUGUAAAAUAUGCGCGUUCUUUACAUGGGCAACAGUUUUGUAAGCUUUUCAUGUGACAUCACCUUUUCUGUGAAGGCACCCUAACGUGGCACUAAACCGACGUGCCUUAAGGUUGUGUGUUAUGGAUGCGCGGGCGCGUACUGCCCAAGUGCCAGACGUCGUGACCCGCUUCACACCGUUACCGGUUCCGUUGGGAUCGCCUUAUGGCUGCUAGGAAAGGGCAGGAGCUAGGCUGUUGGGUUUCUCACGCCAUGUACUGUUUAGAGGCGGGUUGCGUGCAUAAUAACAUGCGUAGAUGAGGCCAACGUGAGCUUUCAAAGCGGCCGAUUGGGCAACGGCAUAGCGCUGCCCAUAGCUCUUCUAGCCGGUCUGCAUGCCAGUCGUGCUAGGCAAUGCUACCGUACUGGAAACAACAGCACGGACAUCAUCUCGUCUUGCCUUGAAGGGCACCAGAUGCUGCCGAUACCGUGUAGCCGUUCCCUGGAGUACAGUCAUUGCCUCAUGUCGUUAUAUGAUUCCGUCACAUGCGGAACGGACACGGGCCUGCAGCAGGUAUUGGCAAGAGUACUGGUUUUUGGUUAAGCUCUGUGUGAAGGGGUGCUACGGACAUACCGUCAGCAGUGACUAGCCGUGAUGCAAUAGAGGGACUUGGGCAGAUCCCUCUCAGCCGUAAAAUUACAGCCUGCAAUGUAGCCUUCAGGGGCAGCCCAGUCGUGGCAAAGGCUAUCAUUGUAGGUUGACGGUUGGUGCCAGCAAAUCGCCAUACGAUACCGGUGGUUGAAAUGUCGCCCCGCUUGCUUCGCUGGUAGAAGUAUGCCAUACACACCUUGAUAACAUAUGCAUUGCCUGGGGCCGGCAUUGCACCCUAUCUAAGCAUCGAGGACGCGCUUAGCCGUCGUCCUAAAUUUCUGCCGGAUACCGAGGAUAAGUACACGCGUUGCUCUUCCCUCACAUCCGUUAGAAAUACAUUUUUACUUGUAAGAUACCAUCUUUCGUUGUGUGACCGGCGCGUGACUGCUGGAGCAUGAUGAUGGAGGGACGGCGAGCGGCGUUGCCAGCCUCGCGGGCCUCAAGGACAGCGUGUAUGCGCACCAACUAUGCAAUUCAGCUUCCACAAGGAUUCUGUCGUCCGCUCUGCUGUGCUCCUCCGCGACCCCACCAUCUACCACUUGCCGGUCGCGGACGUCGAGAGGUGUUAGCUUGUCGCUGCACCGGACGAAAUGAAAUGGAGGAAGCGGAUGAUAGCAGCCACGCAAGCGCUGGCUGGGAAAGCACUCACAUCGCAGAUGACCAAAUGCCGUACCACAUGCAACAUCCGCAGCAGCAGGGGGCUCCUGAACGGCAACCACUGUUGCCGGGAUCUGCAUACUUCCUGCACACCAGCAACGACAGCCUACCGCAUGGGAACCUUCCCAGCCAGGGGCCCCAGCACGGGACUGCAUCCGAAGCCGCUGCAAGGGCACGACGUCAUGCCAACCUGGCAUCAUCGCUAGUGCAGUUCGUGGCCAAGCUGCCGCCACCCUCGCCCGGCUCCGCAGCUGAGUCGCUGCGUUCCCGCCUGGGCCGCCGCCUGAGCGUACCAGCGCUUGGCGAGUGGGUUGCACAGGCCACAGCAACUAUCAACGAUUUCGGCUGGGUGAGUGACAGCAGCGAAGACGGCAGCGCUGUCAGCAGGCAGGACGAUAGCAGUGGAGGUGAAGGGAGGGAGGCUGGGAGAGAGGAGGGAGCGGUGGCGGGGCGGAGUCUGGGCUCAGGUCCUCCCUUGGUGGACGAGACGAUGGUGGAAGCUAUGUUGGCCACGCAGCCGCAACUGCUGGCACAGGACUCACAGGUAUUGGCGGCGAGGCUGCGCUGCCUGGCGCAGCUGCUGCACCUGCCCCCUGCAGAGGCAGUACGGCUGGUGGCAGCGCGCCCCGGACUGCUGCUGCUGGAUGCGGCCACCCUGGAGCGCAGGUUAGGGGGCUUGGCGGCGGCGUUAGGGCUGCCGGACCGUGCAGCAGCGGCGGCAAUGGCGCGUAACCAGCCUGUUUGGCUGUAUGCGGACCUGCCACCGCCACCAUAGGAGGAUUCAUGGGCUUGCCCGACUCGUGUUACACUAUCCUGCUUAGGCGGCGGCCCGCAAAUGGAGCUGGCCGGGACAUACUUUAUUUCUCAAGUUGCCCACUAUGGGUCGUAUGGACACACCGUACGCGCGUGCAGGUUGUGAAUGUAACUGUAAACGUGCUUCUACACGAUUAGCGACCAUCGCAGGAACAGACAUGGAAGAUGUAACGUGAGGACAGUUG